CUCAUUAUUUGGAGUUUUACACUUUUACUUGACUGACUCAAUUAAAAUUGCUCAAAUCAACACAAAAAAUUUCCAAUCAACUGAUACAAUUUGCAAUUUCGCACUUUGCAAUUGUAACAAAUUCGAUCAAAUAAUUGUAAUCAACUGUGUAAAACUUACCCUAAUUUUUCCGGCAAUGGAGGAAGAUAUCGCCGGUACACUCCGGCGAAUGUCGACAAGAACUCGUAAAGUAGCACCAAAAAUGGUGGCUGCUCUUGCUAGCUCCGAUAAUCGAACUCAGGCGGCUUUAGCAAGGCUCGAAGCUUUGGAAAACGAUAAUGGCGGAGUAGAAACGGUCGAAAUUAACGAUGAUGAUGAAGCUUCUCUCGAUGAUGAUGACGAAGCUUAUAUACAGAAGAAGCAGUCUAUGAGUAUGAAAAGGAAAACUCGUCAAGGAAAGGCGCGAGAAAAUGCAAAGAAAGCUCCUAGAACAUUUUUGGAGCUAGUUAAUGAGGCAAAUUUGGAAGCCUUACCCCCUCAUGUUCCAAAUUAUUUGAGGGCAGCUGUUGGACCUCCAAGUAUUAUAUCUCGCCGUAAUUUCUGCACAGUUUGUGGGUUUACUGCUAAUUAUACAUGUGUGAGGUGUGCCGUGCGCUUUUGCUGUAUCCGGUGCCAGAAGAUACAUAAUGAUACUCGUUGUUUGAAGUUUGUUGCUUGAUUAACUAAGAGGCGUUGUUGUGCAGUAUAUUUGUAAGUUCAGGGUUAACUACUGCAAUCUAGUAUUAUACACUUAAUGAGAUUAUUUGAAAUGAAGUAUCUUGUUCAUGGGAGUUUUGUUGAACUUUUUGUUGUUUUGUUAUGUAUUAGUAGUUUGCUUAUUAGUUUCAAAGUAAUUAGAUCUUUGACAUUAGAGAUGUAAUAUAAAUAGAAAAUUCAAAAGCAAAUCUUAUUGCCUUUGCAUUA